ACUCCCUACAUCCCGGGGAAGAUCUAGAUGGGACCAACUUUUUACCAUCAUUGGCCUGAGCUCGUGACUGAAAAAUCAGGGUCAAUGGUGCAAAGUGAGUGGUGGGAUUGGAAGAGGCUGAGCAUUGUCCUGCUGACCUUGCUGGCGCUGGCUCUGUUUGUGGCCCUGAUCAUCUUUGCUGUCCAAGCCAACAGCAAAGCCUGCAAGGAGGGCCUUUUAGCAGAGCAGGAGUGUCGCAAUGUCACCCGCCUCUUGGAACUCCAGCUAGCCCAAAGCCGGCAACACUUACUGGGGGCGAUGGACGAGGCUGCCACCUGCAACCGGACUGUGGUGAACCUUUCUGCUUCCCUGGAAAUGGAGAAGGCCCAGAGUCUGGAGCAGCUCACCAGAAUAGAGGAGCUUCAGAGAGAGGUUGAGAAAUUGAAGGAGAAGCUGCAGGGCGCUUUCGAGGAGGUGGAAAGACUAAGAAAAGAGAAGGAGGCCUGGAGCAAGGAAGGGGAAACCAGCUUCAGCAGCUCCUCGAAAUCACUCAGCCCCUUGAUGGUCCCCAUGUGCCUGUUCCUGGGCCUCACUGCUCUGCUGGCCUGAGGCCUGCUGCCCUUCUGGAAUCCCAGCUAUUGUCCAAGCCACUUCCUGCUGUCGCCCUGGGGUGGGGACCUUUGUGUUUGUGGGUACUGUUGACUUCUGAGCGGGAUUGGGCUCUACGGAGGACGAGGACACGCUACCCCGGGUGCUACAGGAUCCUGAGCAACUUCCCUGGCCUCAGGGCACCUGAUGCCUGUACCCC